GGAGCGCUCGGUGCGCUGCUGCUGCAGCUGGUCAGACAGAUCUCAUGGCUGAGAUCGCUGCCGGACGCCAGGAAAGAGCACAGGUCUCUCUGGCUUUCUUCGUUGCCCUCUCAGCAGACAGUGGUGACUGAAGCCUCAACCAGCUGUCCCAGUGCACAGCUGGGGUCCCAGUUCCUGCAAGAAGGAAGUCCAGAGGCUGUACCAGAGAAUUCAUCCUCAGGCAUCCCCUCGGGGCAAGGAGAGAGCCAGCCCUGGGUAGAAGUAGGGGAGUUCCAAAUCCCUGAGAGCUCCAGGUUGGGGCCAGUUCUCCAUGGUACAAAGGGUGACCCAGCUCAGCGAGGGCAUUUAGAGGAAGCUGCUUUCCAAUUGCAGCAGAUUUUCCGGAUUGACAUUUCCAUUGCAUUGAAUAUCCUCGGGAUUGAAAGUAUGAGAGCAGGCCAUUACAGCAUAGCCUAUACCUGCUUCAAACUGGCAGCAGAUCGAGGCUACAGCAAAGCCCAGUUCAACGUGGGUCUGUGUUACGAGCAUGGCAGAGGCACAAAAAAAGACUUGGAAAAGGCAGCUUUUUAUUACUACCACGCAGCCAGCAACUGUCACCCCAUGGCACAGUACCGCUACGCGAGAUACCUCUUAUGCCACAGACCUGAAAAUGAAUGGGACAGACAUCAGAAGGCAGUGACUUUCCUGGAGCAAGCAGCAAUGGCCGGGAUUACAGAGGCACAGGCUUAUCUUGGAGUGUUCUACCUGAGGGGGCUGCAACCUAAAGAAAAGAGAGGUCUGAAGUACCUGCUGCUGGCAGCAAAGAGUGGC